AUGCUAUUUAGGUAUGGAUCUGUAGAUGUGGGCACAAGAAGAAAAAAUGCUACCAGAGAGACCACCAGCACACUGAAAGCAUGGCUGCAGGAGCAUAAAAAGAACCCGUAUCCCACCAAGGGUGAGAAGAUCAUGCUGGCCAUCAUCACAAAGAUGACCCUUACACAGGUGUCCACCUGGUUCGCCAACGCGCGCCGGAGACUCAAGAAGGAAAACAAGAUGACAUGGUCACCACGCAACAAGGCCUCAGAUGAGAAAGAGUGUGAUGACGAACAAGAAGAUAUGGACGAAUCGCAGGGGCAACCAAUAAAAACCCAACAAGAAUUCAAUGCUCCAGACAGCCAUGGAAAGGAUGAUGCGGAUCAACUUCACAGCGAUCUGGAAGACUUCGAUCUAGAAGGAUCAGAUGGCUCAGAGUGUGAAUCGAAACCAUCCUUUGUCAUGCGCGUUUGUUCAGAGACCAGCGAAUGUCCAGAUAACCGUUUUAAAGAGGACUUUCACGAAUCCGUUUCCAAGCUCCUGACAGAUGUCCAUGAAUUUAAUGAAGACCAAUUAAGACUUACCUCCGAAGACAACCAGACAGCGAAGUUCUACCUUCAACAAGGCCAAAAGACCACUGAGCCCAAGCCAAAAAUCUGGUCGCUUGCACAGACUGCUACGUCCUUAAACCAAGCCGAUUACUCAUCAUGCAUGCUUAAAGGAACUUCGUGCUCUUCUUCAAAUUGUGACUCAGACUCAGACAUAACAAAGAGGAAACAAGUGUCUCCAGUGGCCACGCUUACAAACUGGGUUGACGGUGUGUUUCACGAUCCUUUAUUCAUGCACACCAACUUAAACCAAACUUUCAACAACUCCACAGAGUUAUGGACUGAAGGAAUUUCCUCACAAAAUAAGUACCAUGAAGACUCAAGACCUAUUACUAAUUCUCAACAUAUGUCAUAACUGUGACAGUGUUUGUUUUUAAAUAUACUUUCAGGUUGCACCAAGCUGAAUAGUUAAGCCAUCAAAAAAGCCACACUCUAGGUUUGGAAUUAAAUUGUACUUAUGUCUUGAUUAUUAGUUUCAUUUUGUAAGCUGAUGUCAUAUAAGACCUCCUGAAAGUCUGAUGAACUUUAUAUUUAGAGCUUAACAACACAACAAUAUAGAUUUAGAAAGAUUGGCACCGUUUUACUUAAGAAAAAAAUAAAUGAAUCUGGUUCUGUCUGUGUUAAAGAAAGUAAUCACUACUGUAUAAUAGCACGGUACACAGAUUUCCCACAGUCUGAAGUCUCAGCUGCAGAUCUCUAUAGAUUUAUUUCUC